AUGACAGGCCCUCUGACUUCUCUUUUAUACAGACUUAACAGGCGGCUAAGAGAGCUUAGUGAGCUGCUAAUUGGGGCCACCUUCGAUCCGUAUCGCGACAUCGUGCUGGUCACUGGGGGCUGCGGCGGAUUGGGAAAAGAGCUGGUGCUCGUGUUCACCAGGGCGCAUGCCCCCGUCGUGGUAUUCGACGUCAACCUCCCAGAUUCAGAAGAAAGAGUGCCUGGCGUCCACUAUUACGCGUGUGAUGUUAGCGAUCGCAAAGAUGUGCUGCUGAAAAGCGCACAAGUUGCCGAAGAGGUGGGAACAAUUACUAUCCUGAUCAAUAAUGCGGGAAUCACCACGGGCAAAACAGUGCUCGAUCUGAGUUUUGAGGAAAUUGAAAAGACAAUCGAGGUCAACCUACUCUCCAGCUUUUAUACCAUCAAAGCCUUCCUUCCGUCCAUGCUCAAGGUGAAGAGAGGAUACAUUGUCACAGUGGCAUCCACCUUGGGCUACAUGUCCCCUGCGCGUCUUAGUGUUUACGGGGCCACCAAGUCUGGUCUCAUUGCUUUGCACGAGUCGCUGACCUACGAAUUGGGUCCCCCUUCAUUCAACACAACCGGUGUCAAGACCUUGCUCAUAUGUCCUGGCCAGCUCAAGACCAGAAUGUUUGAAGGUGUUAGAACGCCGCACACCCUGCUAGCGCCGGAACUAGAGCCCAAAGAUGUGUCUAAAGCCAUCUUCAGCGCCAUCGAGCUGGGGAAAAGAGGCGAGAUCAAGCUUCCCUUCUACGGCAACUUCUUACCCCUUUUCCGUGCUGUGCCAUGGCCGGUUGUUGAGGUAGCGAGGUAUUUCUCUGGGAUGGACACCAGCAUGAGGAAAUUCGUGGGCAAGACAAUGGCAAUCAAGGAGUCAUCAGAGUCUGCGCUGUCCAAUGCGAUUUCCGAAACGGGCUCUGUUAUCUCCGGUCUAUUGGGUACCGGUGGACUUAGAGGCGAGGAAGUGGAUCCUACGAAAGAGUUGGACAUCAUUCCAGAGUGA